AUGUCAAGCUCACAGAAUAUUAAGGGAAGGGACCACUCCACCGACCCCGCGCCCACCCCGCAGAACUCUUUGGUCAAUGAUGCCGUCCUCAGCAGUCGGCCGGCGAAAAAUCUGGGCAAGCCGACCGUCGAGGAUAUCGGAGAGGGGGAGGAUGAGGAUGAUGCGGAUGAGGGGAACGCGGGCAUGAACCCGGCGAGUCUGUUGGCGAAUAACCCCGCCCUCCUCGCUCUGGCCCAGAACAAGUUCGCCUCCCUCAUCGGCCAGUCGUCGGGCUACAUCGAGUCCCUGCCCCCAGCCGUCCGUCGCCGGAUUGACGGGCUGAAGGGUGUCCAGGCUCAACACUCCAAGAUUGAGUCUGAGUUCCAGAUGGCCAUUCUCGAUUUGGAGAAGAAGUUCCUCUCCAAGUUUUCGCCCCUGUACGAGCGCCGUGCCGAGAUUAUCGCCGGAAAGGCCGAGCCUACGGACACGGAGGUUGCCGAGGGCAAAGCGGCCGACUCUGACGCCGAGUCGGACGAUGAUGAUGACGACGAGGGCGGAGCCAAGAUCACCGAGGUGGACGAUGAGGGCAAGGACAAGGUGGAUGAGAGCGGAGAGAAGGGUAUUCCCGAGUUCUGGUUGACGGCGCUGAGGACCCACCCGGCCGUCAAUGAGACGAUUGAGGAUCACGACGAGGAGGCACUCAAGUCGAUGCUCAAUGUCCGACUGUCCUACCUCGACGACAAGCCCGGAUUCAAGCUCCACUUUACGUUUGGGCCGAACGACUUCUUUGAGGAUACCGAGAUGACCAAGACGUACUACUACCAGGAGCAAGUCGGGUACGGGGGUGACUUUGUGUAUGACCGCGCGAUCGGUCACGAGAUCAAGUGGAAGGGCGACAAGGACCUCACCAAGAAGGUCGAGAUCAAGAAGCAGCGCAACAAGUCGACCGGCCGCACCCGGACCAUCAAGAAGGACGUCCCCCAAGAGUCCUUUUUCAACUUUUUCAAGCCCCCUCAGCCCCCAACCGAGGACAUUCUCAAACGCGAGGAUAUCGACGAGGACGAGCUCGAGGAGCUCGACGGCAAGCUCGAGCUCGACUAUCAGCUCGGCGAGGAGUUCAAGGAGAAGAUUAUCCCGCGCGCGGUCGACUACUUUACGGGCCGGGCGUUAAGGUACGAUGGGGACUUUGAGGAUGAGGAUGAGGAGGACGAUUUUGAGGAUGAUGAUGAGGGGUUUGAUGAUGAGGAUGAUGAGCAGGACGACGAAGGGGCUCCAGCGCCCGCCGCCGGUCAGGAAGAGUGCAAGCAGCAGUAG